UACCAUUAUAUAUAUACAUACUCAUCAAACUCAACAAUAAAACUGGUCAAUGUUAUCCAAAUCUUCUUCUUUUUCUUCUUCUUCUUCCUUCCUUCACCAUAACUGCUUCAUUCAUUUCUUGGCUUCGCUUCUUGGUUGGGUGACCUUCAUUGUCAAUGAAUCAGAAAAAGGUGCAGAAUUUCUUUGUGGGGAGGAUCAUGGAUGGUCAUCAAGGUGGAAACACCAACUGGGUCAUCAAAGAAGAUGAUGAACAUAGCAAUGAUUCAUCAUCCAUUGGACUCAUGUCAGAAGAAGAAGAAGACUCAAUGGACUCUCUGUGUUCUUCUUCUUCUUCAUCAGAGUUGACUGAGGAUGCUUCCUCUCCAACUUCUUCUUCAUCAACACACUCAAAUGGACCCUUGUAUCAAUUAUCAGACCUCAUGAACCAUCUUCCUAUCAAGAGAGGGUUAUCUAUGUUCUAUGAAGGGAAGGCACAAUCUUUCACUUCUUUAGCUAGAGUGGAGAGCAUAGAAGAUCUUCCUAAGAAAGAAACACCUUAUAGCAAGAGAAUGAAAUCAUGCAAAAGUUUUGGGGGAGGUUUAGAUAGUCACAGAAUAUGGUACACUCCAAAGGCUACAAUAACAAAGAAAACAUCAAGAGGGUCUUUUGCAUUAAGCAAAAGAGGGAGCUUUCAUGGAGGGUCUAGACCUUCCAUUGCUGUUCAUAAAAACUUCUGAAAUUCAGCAUGUUAGAGUUACUGCUUAUUCGUGUACAAAAUCCGGAAAAUUUUGAGUUUGAGGAUUCAUCUUACUGAGUCAAAGCCAUAUGAUGAAUUAGCAUAUUUGAUUCAUUUUUGCUUUGUUUUACAUAGUGGUAUAUAUGAUCGAUCCUUUUGCCUCUUACCAUCAUCAUCACUACCUUGAUUCAAAAUUAUCCCAAGUUAUUACCUUAAUUCAUGUGACACCAAAUCUUUUUGAGAUCAAAUUUUAGGUUUUCUCUUUUCUGCAAUUUGUACAUACUUCAGUUACUUGUAUAUGAUUUUUCAUAAAUUUAAAGGGAAACUUUGAUA